AUGUUACUUCUGCAACUAGAUGAUCGGGCAGUUCUACAAAAACUGCGGAUUCUUUAUCAGCAGCUUCACCAACAACAUGAUGAUGUAAACGAGGAGGAUAUACUGCUAGAAGUCAAUAAUGUGCUAGAAUCACCAAAGUUUACAACGUCAACUAAGAAAGUCGCAUAUCAAAUUAAGAAUCUACUUUCUCCUACUCAACCUGGAAAUUGGAUCGGCCUUGCUGCUUUCAUCGGAAGUUGUACAGCGGAGAACUUGAUAGUUUUUCUAAAUCAUUGGGUUAAAGUCUACCCAAAGCAUAAUUUGGGGCCGACUGAUUCAGAAUUUUUGUUCGUAUCUGAGCUAAUUCAGCGUGUUGCAAAGUCGAGAAAACAAAUUGUAGAUAAAUUGAAUGAUGAAAUAUUCAAAAGCCUGAAAAGAAAUCUCUUGAUAUCAGCGUUUAUCCUUUAUGAAUGUAGAAGCGAAGACACAACUCAUUUGAUUAAAUCAGUUCUCAAGCUGUUUGAUACGUUCGAAGAACGACAAGAACUCAGAUGGUACAUUUUAGAUGAAUUUCCAAAAGAUUCGCCAAGCGCUCUGUUUGCUUUGGGUUUGUUAUGCUCAGCUGAAACUUUGGAGCAGCAUGAGAUUACAAAAAUUUUCGAAAUCAUUCCUCAUUUGGCAUGCUCUCAGGAUUUGGCAACAUUAAGUUCAGGAAUAGUUACGCAUCUAUUUAGCGAUGAGAGAACUUCCCAAGAAAUGAUUAAGUUAGCCGUGUCUCUGCUACUAUCCUCAAAGAACAUUGUCCGACACAAUUUAACGAGGGUAUGGCUCUCAAGACUUUCUCCGAACAAAAAAAUAUUGGCCAAUCUUGUCCUACUCACUAACAUCAUACGAGUAGAGUGGAAUAGAUCAGAGAAGAAAGAGUUUGAUCCUUUCUGGCCUUUGCAUGUUUGGGAGUUUGAGGACAUUAGUUGUAUCAACGCCGAAUGGACUUGGGAAGAGUCGGAUGACGUUUUAGAGUAUCGAGAUAGAGUAUUAUCCGCUUUUAUUGCGUUGGCCAAUAUACUUCUUCGACGUUUCAAAAAUGUACCUAUUACUCUGUCAGAUCCACUUAUCGAGUCUGCUUUGAAAUGGCCUAAUGUCGAAAUAAGGCUUGGAGCUCUCCAAAUUAUUCGUCUUCUGAAUGCUCCCGCUGAUCAAUACGAGGUUUUCAUUAUGGCUAAUUUUGAUUCAACAAGUGAUGACUUACUCAACGAAAUAAGAGAUAUUGUUAAAACAACGGAACUGAGCGUUUCAUGCUUGGAAAUAUGGAACCAACAAGAAAAAGAGAGAAAACAUAUCGAAACCGAACGAGACGAAGGAGGAAACUGUUUCAUGAGCGAGGAUAUGACUAUACCAGAGCUACCUGAAGUUACACACAUCCCAGAAAGAGUUUCUUUUCUUCUCCAAGUGUCGGGCUCUCGGGAUUCCGAUGAAUGUCCAACGUUUCCAGUUCUGUACGAGCAUCUUCAGAAAGCUCAUAUAAAUCAUCGAGUUUUCACAAAAGAACUAACAAGCUUGAUGAACAAGCUUGUUUCAUCUGAAAGUGUUCCCUUCGAUACUGUAGUGUCAACUAUAUGGACCAUAAUCACGAGAUGUAGGAUGAAAGCUGUUGUUGACCAGGGAUGCACACUUCUGGAGAAAGUUCUUCCAAAAAAUUUAGCUGUUGUCGAUGAGUGUUUUGAAAAAGCUUCUCAAGCUUUGCUUUCUCCUUCUUCGAGUGUCAGGACACUGUGUGUUUCCCGAAUACUAUGGACAACUUGUGCAUCGAAUUCAACAAAUUUCUGUUUAUUCUGGGCAAAAGUAUCAAACUUCAUUGAAAACCCGGGUACAACAACCCCUAGCGUGCUCAGCAGAGUUUUGAAAACGUUGAAGCUUUUCUUCUCUAAAGCUGAUUGUGAUUUACCGCUAGAAGCUUAUAGUACAUUAUUCCGCUUUUGUAUCAAGAUCCAAACGCAUGAAGACUUUCUAGUUCGUAGCUCUGCUACAAUUCUUUUCGGGUUUACCGUUCGAGCUAUCACCAAGAGUCGCCAACAACCCCUGUUUUACUUAGUUUAUAAAUGGAAUAGUAUCUGGCAACAUGUGAAAGAACUGGUACGAAGUUCUACUGAACAAUGGACUUCGCCUCAGAGAAUUCUUCUGCUCACAUUCUUUUCACAGUUUUAUCUUGGUCAUCAAGAUUUUUACAUUCUAGAAGAUUCUAAAGUGAUAGAAACGAUAAAAGAUGUCGUUUCUAAUUGGAUUCAAACUUCUCCGUGUAUUCGCGAACGAAGGUUUUGUACUGAUGUUAUCAUCAGUUUAGUUCCUGUUACGAAACAUCUGAAAAUUUCCAAUCUCAUCCGGUCUCGGGUCAACUCGCAUGGGAUCAACAGUUUCUACGAUGGACAAUACCUUAUGUCUUUGCUAAGAGAAGAUCGUAGUAUACAAUUUGGCGAAAACGAAAGGAAAGUUCCAUUAGACUUGACAAAGUCCAUUUUCAUCCAAAAAAUCUGUAAAGUAGCAAAGCUAGCAGCAGAAGUGAAAGAAUCAUCGUUGAGAGAGGAUUUGGAGGAAAUGUUCUCAAUUUUUAAUGAACUAAGUUUGAACGACGAAACAUCUACACGAUGCGCUGCUUAUAUAAUCUGUUUGAUUGCUCAAGCAGCUUCGAAUUAUAAAAUCCCGCUGGAUAUCAAACAAAACAUUGUUACGAAAUGCUCUAUUCUUAUAUCCUCGGAAUUCAAUCGUGUCAAUCGUUUGACAAGUCGUGUCGCCGUGGAACUAGGUCUGACUUCGGACUUAUUGCAAGACAAACAUUUUUUGGAAGUUAUGUACAAAUGGGCUAUGCAUGAAUAA